CCCCCGCCGCCGUCAGAUCCGCCAUGCCCACAACUCUCUCUGCCCACCCCAAACCCUACCCACAGCCGCCGCCGUGCUCCGUCACCGGCGACCUCGCCGCCGCCGCCCCUCUCCCCUCUCGCCCUAUCUCCAUACCGCACACGAGGGAGGGAGGGCGGCCCCAAAUCGAAGCGAGCAGCAGCUUCCGGAUCCAGAUCGAGAGGGGCCCCAAAUCGUCACCUUCCUCCGCCCCUUGAAUCCUCUGUGUCGCCCUACCCCGCAGCUCCCGGGACGCCGAGCCGGACGGGAGGAGCCACCGCCCCGCAGCACGCGCACUGGUAGGGCGAGGGGAUCGAUGGCGAAGCUGUACAUGCAGGCUGUGCCCCCGCUGGAUCUGAACAAGAACACCGAGUGGUUCAUGUACCUGGGGGUCUGGACCACCCACAUCUUCAUCCUCUUCGUCUCCUGGCUCCUCAUCCUCUCCAUCUUCGGCUGCACCCCCAGCAUGGCCUGGACGCUCGUCAACCUCGGCCACUUCGCGAUUACAUACCACUUCUUCCACUGGAAGAAGGGAACUCCAUUUGCUGAUGAUCAGGGGAUGUAUAAUAGGUUGACUUGGUGGGAGCAAAUGGACAACGACAAGCAGCUUACUCGCAACAGAAAAUUUCUUGUUGUGGUUCCUGUAGUCCUCUAAGUGUUAUUCUGUUUCAAUUUUAUUAAUACUGCUUUUGGGAGCUUA